AUGGGCUGUUCCGGAUCCAGAGAGCUCAGCCCAGAGGAGCGGCGGGCUGUCAAGCACAAUGCGACCCUUGAUAGACUGAUCCGGAUGGAUAAGAAGACGUAUGAUCGUACCGUCAAGAUUCUUUUACUUGGUGCUGGUGAAUCCGGAAAAUCUACGAUUAUCAAACAAAUGCGCAUCAUUCACGCCGGUGGCUUUCCUGAAGAUGAGCGUCGUCAGACUCGUGCCGUGAUCUACGCAAACAUGAUCGUGGCUUUCAAAAUACUACUCGAUAUUAUGGAGGCAGAACGAAUCAGCUUUGAUUCAAAAGAAACAGAGGCCCUUGCACAAUUCAUAGAGGAUGCAGAAUCGGACGUCGAGUGUGACGAAGCCUUUACUGAUCUGAACAUUCGGGAAGCGAUGAAGGGAAUGUGGUCCGAUCUAGGUGUUCAAAAAGCCGUAUCAAAAGGUCAUGAAUUCGCUCUUAACGACAACCUAAACUACUACUUUAACUCGCUAGAUCGCAUAUUUACCCCUGGCUGGCUCCCUAACAACCAAGAUAUGCUCCAUUCGAGGUUGCGCACAACCGGUAUCACCGAGACCCUAUUCGAACUGGGGCAAAUUAACUUUCGCAUGAUGGACGUCGGCGGACAGCGCUCAGAGCGCAAAAAGUGGAUUCACUGCUUCGAGGGCGUGCAGUGCUUGCUUUUCAUGGUGGCCCUGUCGGGGUACGAUCAGUGUCUAGUCGAAGAUCAAAAUGCGAACCAAAUGCACGAAGCCAUGAUGCUCUUCGAGUCCCUGGUAAACGGCGAAUGGUUCAAGCGAAAACCCGUCAUUCUCUUCCUCAACAAAAUCGAUCUCUUCAGAGACAAACUGCCGCACUCGCCCGUUUCGAAGCACUUCCCCGACUUUAAGGGCCCCGAAGGCGACUACGAAGCUGCAGCAAAGUUCUUCGGCAUCCGCUUCAAAGGCAUGACACGCAUGCCGGAGCGCGAAAUCUACACCCACUACACUAAUGCCACUGACACGACUCUUUUAAAAGCAACCAUGGACUCCGUACAAGAUAUGAUUAUUCAAAAGAACCUGAACAACCUUGUUUUGUAG